AAUUCACAUUCACAUCCACAUUUCUCACAUUUUAGUUUUCGAACUUCAGAAACUUUCCUUUUCUCUCAAAACAAACAAAAACAGAAACAAUCUUUCUUCCGAUUUUCUUGAGAAAAUUUCUCCAUCACCAUGAGCAACGAAUACGAUUACCUGUUCAAGCUUCUACUAAUCGGAGACUCCUCUGUCGGCAAGUCCUGUCUGCUUCUCCGAUUUGCUGAUGACUCUUAUGUUGAUAGCUACAUCAGUACCAUUGGAGUUGAUUUUAAAAUUAGAACUGUUGAGCUGGAUGGGAAGACAAUCAAGCUGCAGAUUUGGGACACUGCUGGACAGGAGCGGUUCCGUACUAUCACAAGCAGUUAUUACCGAGGAGCCCACGGGAUUAUUAUUGUCUAUGAUGUCACUGAGAUGGAAAGCUUCAAUAAUGUGAAGCAGUGGUUGAAUGAAAUCGAUAGAUAUGCAAAUGACAGUGUAUGCAAGCUUCUAGUUGGGAAUAAAUGUGAUUUAGUUGAGAACAAGGUUGUAGACACGCAAACAGCAAAGGCAUUUGCAGAAGAGCUGGGGAUUCCUUUCCUUGAGACAAGUGCUAAAGAUUCAAUCAAUGUGGAGCAGGCUUUCUUAACCAUGGCUGACGAGAUCAAGAAAAAAAUGGGUAACCAGCCAACGGGGAACAAGUCUACAGGAACUGUGCAGAUGAAGGGACAGCCAAUCCAGCAAAAGGGUAACUGCUGUGGUUAGAGUUAGUGUUGUAAUACUAAACUAUGUUAGAAGAUUGUAAGACUGUUUAACUUUGUUGACUUCGUUAUUAUAUGAAUCUCUUAAAACUGUUAUA